CUGAGAACUCGCAGAUGGGUCUCAGAUGGGCAUGGAGUGGCUUGGUUCGCCAUUUGCCUGUCACACCAAUUGGGGGGGAAGACGGUGCCUUUUUCGCCCCCCGUCUUGCUAUUUGUGAUUUUUGUUUUCUUUCCACCAAACCUUUGCCUGUACGUUACAUAUCUGGUCACCAUGUUUCGUUCUGCAUCUUCUGUCCAGCGAUUCGCCAGCAGUGUACGUACGUAUGCCACUAAGAGCAAAACCACCAACCUUAAAAUGACGGCUCGUGUUCCUGUGGUCGAAGAAAGCUUAAAAGAUGGCAGUGUGUUUAUCACCCGCCAACCACCUGUCCAGCCUCAAGUUCAGGCCACCGCACCGCCAUUGCGCGCUCCCUACGAAAAGCAACGUCAUCUUACCGAAGAUCAGAUUGCAGAAAUGCGUCGUUUGAGAAACCAAGAUCCCGCCAAAUGGACCCGUAAGGCACUGGCCAAGAAAUUCAACUGUUCCGAUCUGUUUGUCAGCAUCGUGGCACCUACGACCAAACGCUCCACCAACGCCGCCGCCGUUGUCGAUACUAGCAGCGAACAGGGUUACAGACGUCAAUUAAUUGCAAAGAACAGACAAAGAAGACGAGAAUUGUGGUAAACUGGUGAAUGAAGAAAGAGAAAAGAGGGAAUUUUUGCAUGCUUUUAUUAGAUUAUGGAUCAAUUGCUAUUUCUUUUUUCUUUUUCCCUUUCUGUCAUCAUUUUCGCUUAAUUCUUACCUCUUUCUUUUCAUCUUCACUCAUCUUACUCUUUCUUUGUAAUUUCUGUCAACUUGUUUAUAUAUUCCCCGUUUCGUGUCAUUAAAAGAAAAAGGAAAAAAUGAAUGUAUUCAGUACAAAUUAGUGGCGGACGUC